ACCGGCAGCUUGUUUUUCUCGCACUAACAAUCAGGAAAUCUCCCAGGAAAGAGAAAGUUUCUCUUAUCAAUCGGUCGUAAUCUUCAAGAAAAAUCCUGUUUAUCCUCGUACCGGUUCAAGGUGAAAAAUGAGCUCCAAUAACAAACCAGUGGACAAUAGUACCUCGGUCACCAACUCACUGAUUCCGGAAUCUAGCUCUAGCUCAGAGACCGCCAGCAGCAGCAGUAGCAACUGGGACAAGACGGAUUACAGCUCCUUUCGGUCUGAAAAGCACACAAACCACAAUGAAGAUGCGUUGAGUUCGACCUCCGGAUCUUCUUCUUCCUCCUCGCGCCAGGACCGGCGACAUCGAGGUGGUUUCCAAGUGGACAUUCUAAGCUCUGAACCGGAAGAUUUCGACGAGAGUGGCCAUUUGUUCCACUUGGAUAUCAUGAAGAACAGUUUGAGCGAUAUAUCUUUGCCUUCGUCCCGGAAGGUGAUCUCAGGAAAACCGAAGCAACCUCAGAAUCUGUCGUUUUCUCGCGAGCGUGUACGGGAGAUUGAAAGGCACAAUCAGCUUCUACUGCAGCGGAUCAUGACCACGAAGCCAACGUUGACCACAAAGCCAAAAAGUACUGUGCCGGUGGUUUGUACGCCAGUAAAUAAUAACUCCCGAACUACCAGUGCUGCCGUUAACCGUAAGAAACAGCAACGUCAAAUUGAUAUCGACAACCAGCUUCUUCGCAAAAAGUUGGAGAAAAUUGAGCGAACACGUCGCAACGCUUGGUGAAACGGUUCCGUUUUUAGGCACAAUCUUUUAAACGGCAGGAUUUGUAGAACAUAGUUUAUUUUUAUACUGAAGAUUUAAAGACUAUCCACUCAUUCACUGACAGGAGUUGCCUAGCUGAUCGAAACGAUUUAAAUUUGUGAACAAUCAAAAUUGAGGAAAUAUAUACGAGUUAGAGUUUGUUUGAUGCAUGAA